AUGGCCGACGAAGAGGAGCGUCUCAAGGCCGAGAAGCUCGCGGCUGCCAAAAAACGGGUCGCCCAACUGCAAAAACAAAAGAAGAAAGCCAACAAGAAGACCACCAGUACCGAUUCGCCUAAGAAACCUGAAUCGUCGAAAGAUGCCGAACCUGCCAAACCUACCCCCGACGAAGCUGAAACCCCCGCACCACCACCGGAGGAGAAGCAAGAGCAGGAGCAGGAGCAGCAGCCCAAGUCUGGCGCGCAGGAUGACGCACCAGCACCAGCAGAAGCAGCUCAACCAGAGCCCUCUCAGACCGAAUCGGACUCUCAACCUGAACCUCAACCUGAACCCGAACAACAAGGACAGCCAGAACCGAUCCCGGAGCGAGCAGAAUCCCCCGUCGAACCAAUGCCCGAUGCCCCGACGUCACCCGGGCCAGAAAUCGAACCGCAAAGUGCGACUCGACUAGACGCCCCGCGCGCAUCCCACGGCCGACAGCCCUCGCUCUCGAUCCAGUCGAAGAUGCGGUCGUCGUCGUUCCGCAAGACGUCGGUGUCGCAGGGCAGCGUGUCUCCAUCUCCGGUGGCGACGAUCAAGUCGCCGUCGUUGCCGCCGUUGUCGGCAGACGGGGACUCCGUGCAGGAGGUGUAUCGGAAGCAGUCGACGCGGAUUGAGGAGCUGGAGAAAGAGAAUAAGCGGUUAGAGAAGGAGUUGGAGGAGGGGACGGGUCGGUGGCGGAAGACAGAGGAUCAGUUGGAGGAUCUCCGCGAGUCGAGUGUCGAUGCGGCAGAGUUGAAGGGUAAGCUGGAGAAGGCGGAGCAGAAGGUCGCGGAAAUUGAUGAGCUGAAAGCCGAGAUUGCGUCCCUGCAACGACAGAACUCGCAUCUUCAAACGAAAACCCACCGCAACAACUCCGGCGCGUCCCCUGGAACGACUGAGUCCCCACCGUCGGAUCUGGUGCAGCAAUUGGAGUCGAAAUCCGCUACGAUCGAGGCGAUGGAACUCGAAAUCUCCAACCUGCGGGCGCAGCUUACCGAGCAGACGAGUUCAAACACUGCGCAUGAGGAACAGAUAGCGGCUCUGGAAGAGAAGCUCUCGCGCAGCGAAACCACCCUCGAGAAGACGCAGAACGAGCUCACAGAUACCAAGACCGCGCUGACACGUGCGUCCGAGAAGGCCGUCAAGGAGGGUGUAGACAAGACGUCGACCGAAACGCUGAUCAAGAACCUCGAGCGCGAAAUCGAGGAACUGAAAACCGAAAAGACCGAAUCUGAGAAGAAGAUCGAAACGUUAGACAAGAAACUACAAGCCAUGGGUAACCUCCAUAAAGAGUCCGAAGCCCGACACUCCACGCGACUCCGCGAGAGCGAAAAAGUUGAGAAGGAAGCCACCGCGCUGCGCAAGAAACUCGCCAGCGUCGAGAACGAGAACCUCCGACUGAAAGAAGAGCAAGUCAAGAAACGCGAAGUCAGCGGCGGCGGCGGCGCUGACGACGACGCCAUCGACGAGCUCGAGGACGAAGAGCGCUCCCGCCUCUCGCGCCGCAUCCGCGAACUUGAAGGCGAAGUCUUCGACCUGCGCCGCGGCGUCUGGCAAGAUCGCAAAGACGAACUCGCCGCCACCGGCCAAGAUACUACCGACUUCGCACCGGACUCGGCCGCUGCCAACACCUUCGACGACGUCGACCUCGUCGGUGGCAGUCCCGAACACGCCCGGCGACGAAGCAUGGUUCAGCACCAGCAGCAGCAUUCGUCCUUCUCGACCGUACUCUCUAGCGGCAUCGCCGCCUUCACCGGCAGCGGCAACACCUACGGCAACCGAGGCCGCGCGCCCUCGAACCAGCAACAUCCUCCCGCCGCGCGAGGCAGCCUGGAACUCCUGUCAGAAGAGAACCUAGAUGACGAGUUUGACGAGGCCGAGUUCGCGCGCGCCCAGGCUGAAGAGGAGGCGCGGAAACGCGUCGAAUGGGUCCGCGAGAUCAAGACCAAGUUGAAGGACUGGCAAGGGUGGCGCCUGGAUCUGGUAGACAGCCGCGCGGGCGCUGAGGGCGCUGGUGUUGGGAUGGGUGAGAUUUUUGUGAUUUAG